AUGGCGGAGUGCCCCUCGCGCAUCCAAGAAAACACGGAGAGACACCGGCCACAGCGUGCUCAAGACAGCGGCGACCGCUAUCGAUCACAACGUGCAAACGUCGCUCAAGAAGAAGACUCGGGCGACUACCUCUUUUCGAUCGGUGAAACGACAUCUGCGAAAUCGAGCGACAUCUGGCUGGUCGACUCCGGGGCGACGCAGCACAUGACGUGCUCCAAGAAGUUCAUGCGGAACUACAAGGGGUUUGACGCUGUGGAUGUCCAUCUCGCGGAUGAUGGAAUCGUCCAAGCAAUCGGCAGUGGGGACAUUGUCAUGUCGAUGAAGACACCCCAAGGGAUGAAGAAAGGUGUGCUCACAAACGUGUGGCACAUCCCAAAGUUAUCCAGAAACCUGUUCUCGGUCGGCCGCUUCACCAAGGAUGUCGGCCCAGUGACGUUCACGAAGGAUGGGUGCUAUGGAGAAGCGAAAGGGACCAAGUGGAAAAUUGGUGCCCGUGAAGGUAAAGGACUGUUCAAGCUGCAAAUGACUCCAGUGGCGCCGGAACAAGCAAAUGCAGCCAAGUCGUCGGGAUGUCAAGGGGGCACCAAGUCGUACCUCUGGCACCUUCGGCUUGGCCACAUAGGUCACGAUGGACUCAAUUGCAUCGUGACGAAGAACAUUGGAAUUGGCAUCGACAUAUCUUCGGUGAAGAAGUGGGACGUGUGUGAAGGUUGUGCUCUGGGAAAACAGACUCGAGUGCGCUUCCAAUCAAACACUACAGCUCGCACCUCCAAACUCCUCGAAGUGAUUCACAGCGACGUAUGCGGACCGAUGUCGAUGGCAACUUUCAGUGGAAAACGGUACUUCGUGACAUUCAUUGAUGACAAGUCAAGAUACUGUGUCGUCUAUCUGCUCAAGAGCAAAUCUGAAGUUGCGGCGAAGUUCAUGGAAUACGCUGCGAUGGCCGAAACGCAAACCGGAAAGCGCGUGAAGUACCUUCAAAGCGACAAUGGGGGUGAAUACAAGUCCGACAAGCUGGCACGAUUCUGCGCGGAACGGGGAAUACAACAAAGGUUCACACCCCCAUAUACUCCUCAGCUAAACGGAGUAGCUGAGAGAAUGAAUCGCACGCUGGUCGAGUGUGCGCGUUGCAUGAUGGAACACGCUGGACUGGGAAAGAGCUACUGGGGUGAAGCAGUGAUGACGGCGAUGUUUCUUCGAAACCGCUGUCCAACACGUGCCAUUCACCAAGACAAGUCUCCAUAUCAAGUGUGGACGAUGAAGAAACCGAUUCUGGCCAACCUUAAAGUUUUUGGAUGCCACGCGUAUGUUCAAGUGCCUCAUGUUGAAAAGACAGCGGCUGUGAAGAAGACACCUCGUCAAGCUGCGUCAAGUGUUGAAGCAAGUGGAAGACCAAGCCUCGCUAUACCGGUGGGUACCGGUAUGUACCAGUAA